AACACUGCUAACGUUAAAAAAUACUUAAACAUUUCCCAAUUUGUAUUAAUUUCACGUAGCAAAAGGUGUUACCGUAAGUUUGGAAAAAAUAUGCAUUAUUAGUGAUGGGAAUAAAGAAGAGAGGGAGUGAGACCGCCCGUGCGAACCGCGGGGUGUUAAAACCGAGCGACCCUCUCCCUCUACAAUCCACGGAAAAAAAUUACAGAACAAGUACAGAGCAUCUCCCGCUCCUCUGACCAGCAAUUUGUACACAAUCAUCCUAAAGUGAGUGACAUACAGGCGUGUGCAGGUGAAUAUAUUUAUUUGUGUUUGAGUAAGAAGCGGAAGUCGGCGUCAACAUGGAGAACUGCGGCUUCCAGAGCCAGAUACUGUCCGUCAUGGAGGUCCUGGCCAAGGCGGCCGUGGCGGAGAUAAACCGGCGUGUGGAUGACAGCUGCGCGGUGCUCCGGCUGGAGGUGAGCCAGAGCCGGCGGGACAUCGACCUGCUGAAGAGGAAGUGUGAGGUGAUGGAGGCUGAGCUGAGGAGGACCAGGAUGAGAGCCAGGAGGAAAGUGUUUUAUCCUCCAGCAGCAGAGAGAUUCACCUCUUUAGUCAAAGUAGUGUUGAACAAAGACAGACAGAGCACAGACUGGGAUGCUGAGGCUCAAAAUCAACCCCAACAGUGUGCAGAUGCAGAGCCUGCUAAUGAAGCUGAACACAUAAUGAUCAAAGAGGAGUGCGCGGAGGAGGACAUGUGGAACUCAGAGGACAAACUGAUCUCUGAAGCCGAGCAGCCGCCAUGUUUCGACGCCUCACAACCUGCCCAGGCUGACAGCUUUGUAGAGCGUUACCACUCAGCUGAGAGCCCAGCUGACCACGGCUCUCUAGUUUCCCCAACAGACGGCUACAGCGCUUUCCCAGAGCAGCAGCUGAACAGAAACCAAACUGGGGCAGAGCUUAUAGUGAAACACGAGAAUGAGGAAGAGCCCAAUGAGAACGCAGCUCCUCUCAAUUCAGCCCACAACUUUGUGACAGAGGAAGGUAAUGGACAGCUGUGGUCAUCCGAUGUGUGCAGAGACGCUGUUGAUCCAAGCUUCUCAUAUGCCGAGCAGCAGUUUGAGCCAAUCCCCUCUGUGUUCCCGUCUCAAAGUGGAUUGCAUUUGCAAGACAUGGUGCCUCAAAUGAACACAGGGAAAUCACAGUCAGUCGUGGUGAGCGCAGCACGAGUGAAAAGACGAGCCAGAGCGUUUGGAUGUAAGAGACCGCAACCAGACGAAGGACAUAGUGCGUUAUCUCAGAUAAACACCAUGGAUCAGUGCUUGAUUCCUCAACAAUCACAACAUCAGUACAGAGACUCUCCUCACACGAGGAACCCAAACGAGGAUUUGACAUCGCCAAACCCAGGGCACAGCCGCAGUGGCUUCAGCCUGGCGAGGAGGAUGAGGACGCCCUGGAGGUCCGGCAUUGGCGAGAAGAGGUUCAGCUGCACGUACUGCGACAAAAGCUUCAUGAGGUUCAGUCAGCUCAAAGAGCACCUGAGGAGUCACACGGGGGAGAAACCAUUCAGCUGCCUGCAGUGCGGCAGGAGCUUCACCAAACAGUGCAAUCUCAUCAGACACGCAGUCGUUCACUCCGGAGAGAAGCCCUAUGAGUGCUCGCUGUGUGGGAAGUGCUUCACCCAGCGCUCCAGCCUGAAGUCACAUCAGAAAACAGCACACUGAGCUCACAUGGGGUUUAUUUAAUAUAUCACAUAGUUUGGCGACGUAUCGCUAAAAUUAUUGUUUGUUUUUAUUGUUGUUUUAUUGUAUUACUUUGGUUUAAAACAGUUUUAUAUUAUGAUAUUUAAAAUUUUGAUAUAAUGAAAGAGAUUAGUCUGGAAACACAGUAUCAUUGUUAAACUUAAAGGGUCAUUCCAGUGUGGUGGCAAGUUCAAGUACAAAUCAUGUACACAGAUUCACAUCUUUGCUUUUUUCCUAGUAUUUUUCCUACCGCUCCAGGCAGCCAAAAGCAUCUAUUCUUUUUCACACUGUUUUAAAAACACUCAGUGGACUCUUGAACCUUACAUGUGUGGUUUAAUCCAUCACACCAAACACUUUUCACAACAAUAGCUGACAAAAAUGCUUGUGUAGAAUUUAACUGACUCCCUGAAACUAGACGAAUAACACAUUAAGAUUUCUAACCACAGUAAAUGGUCAGUAUAUCCAAUCUGUAGGGAAUGUGUCAGAAAAUGCAAUGCACUGGUGUGGUUGUUGUCCCUGCUUUUAAAGGCUCUGUAACUGUAAAAUGAGUGACACACACCUACUUUAUUCAGAUCAGCACUUCUGAUAUGUUGUGUAUAACAGUCACAUUGUCACAUUUUAUUGUGAGACUACUUGUUUUUUAUGUUGGACUGUUGUGACAUAAAAUGAUGCACAUUAGGAAACUCCACACAGACAGAAACAUGAAAGAUUCACUCAUUAAAAUGAUGCAGAUAAUGAAUGAAAUUCUGAUUCUUUUUUCAAUAUUUUUCAAUAAGGGCAUCAGGUAGUCUGCUUUUCCAUGUUACACCAAACGCUGAAAUCUGAGUGAUGCCAGAGGUGAAAUGUAGAAGACAACUAAAAUGACCAAAUGUUAAAAAUCUUGGUAAAUAUCUUUUACAUUCGCCAGCAGGCACAUUCUUUUCUCGUCCAGAUGGACAGAGGAGGCUUAAAGGAUGUUGGAAAUACCUUCAAAAUUGCAGUAAGUUUUGUCAGAUGACCUCCAGGCUGCUUUUUACAUAUCGUCAGGAAUGUAUCUUUCAGGAAACCGGAAGCUUAGCUCUGAGACACGAGAGAGAGAAACAAACUGGGGUUCAGGCUGCCUGACUGAAACAGUCAAAUAUUUCUUAGUGCAACCAACCUGUGGAAACCAGAGAGCUGAGGCUCCACUGUGACACUCCAUCAGGACGUAAAGUGUGGAUCUUUUAACACCAACUGUCGGCCUGAAAGCAAAUGUUUUCACACUUAUUUCAAAACAAAUGUGCCUCUAGAUGUUCAGUCCAGGCUGUCUGAGCUUAUAAGAAUAAGAGACAAACACAAAGAAAAAUCAGAAAAGCCUUGUUACUCAAUCAGCAAAAACAUCUGUCUGUAUUCAUCAAGGCAGGUAACACAAAAUUUUUACACAAAUAUACAAAGGUAAGACAUGAAAAAUGUUUUCUCAUAAAUAUCAGAUCCUUUAUACUGUAAAACAGUGUCAUUAAAGUUACAUUGGUUGCAUAGAAAAGUAGUGAUAAGUAGUUCAGAGGACAUCCCCACGUAUAUCGCUGUACAAGUGCAUCUUAGUUCCGAUUGAAGUGAUCAGACUGAGAUCAGCAGAAUGUAACAUGAGCAUCAGAAGGACGUGCUGCAGUGGAGACAAACGUGGUUCGACAAAAAUAAAUCUUAUUUCAUAAGUCAUUUAGUUUGUACAGUGAAAACAUUUAGAUGAACACUGAUUAACGGAUCUGAUGUUACACUGGCCGUCCCAGUGAGACUGAGUAAUAAAUGAAAAGGCUUUUAUCCCAAGGAAGUUGAUUUCAGAAAUUUUACUGGAGUGUGUUGAUAAAAGUAGAAAAUGCCGUGAUGAGACCAUUUAAAGGUCCAGUGUGGAGGAUUUAGGGGCAUAUACUGGCGGAAAUGGCAUACAGUAUAAAUACCUAUGUUUUCAUUAGUGUUUAAUCACCUGAAAAUAAGAACCACUGUGCUUUUGUUUCCUUAGAAUGAGAUGUUUAUGUUUACAUACAGAGCAGGUCCACCAUGUUGUUCUACAAUAGCCCAGAAUGGACAAAUCAAACACUGGCUCAAGAUAGGGCCACUUAUGUUUUCACAUUGGGGAGAGCAGUUCUACAUUCUUGGCACACGGGAGAAGUUUCACUUCUGGUAUCUCACCACUAGCUGCCACUAAAUCCUACAUACUGGACCUUCACUGAGACAAACUGAACCAAAUGUUAGUAGCAACUACUUAGGGAGUGUGUC